AUGUCCUAUCGGCCCCCCGUCGUCGGGUCCAACCGCAGACGGAACACCUCGGACGACAUUGGCGCACGCACCCCGCCCCCCAAGCGCCGCGACCGCACCUCGUCCACCCCUCUCCCCCCGCGCGAGGGCGUCUACGAAGCCACCUACUCCAAUGUCCCCGUCUGGGAAAUCGUUGCCAACGGCGUGGCUGUCAUGAGAAGAAGAGUCGAUGGAUACGUCAACGCCACCCAUCUGCUCAAGGUGGCUGGCAUCGAAAAGGGCCGGCGAACCAAGAUCCUGGAGCGCGAGAUCCACGGCGGCGAGCACGAAAAGGUCCAGGGCGGCUACGGCAAAUACCAGGGCACCUGGAUUCCCCUGGAUCGAGCGAUCCAGCUCGCCCGAGAAUACAGCGUUGAAGAAGCCGUCCACGAGAUUUUUGAGCAAGUCCCCACCCACUCUUGA